CGGCGGCCUCUGCGCAUNUCCCACCGGCGCCGCCCCCGGCCUGGCGGCGAACCGCCCGCAGUCGGUGCCCUGGUCCCGUCCAGCGUCUCCCUGUCGUCCUCCCCGUCGGCCCCGCGAUGCCGGUGGAUCUCAGCAAGUGGUCGGGGUCCUUGAGCCUGCAGGAGGUGGAGGAGAGGCCGCAGCACCCGCUGCAGGUCAAGUACUCCGGGGCGGAGAUCGACGAGCUGGGCAAGGUGCUGACGCCCACCCAGGUCAAGAACCGGCCCACCAGUAUUACAUGGGAUGGCCUUGAUCCAAGUAAACUAUACACCUUGGUCUUGACAGACCCGGAUGCUCCAAGCAGAAAGGACCCCAAAUAUAGGGAAUGGCACCAUUUCCUCGUGGUCAACAUGAAGGGCAACGACAUCAGCAGUGGCACAGUCCUCUCCGAUUAUGUGGGCUCUGGGCCUCCUAAAGGCACAGGCCUUCACCGCUACGUCUGGCUGGUUUACGAGCAGGACAAGCCGCUGAAGUGUGACGAGCCCAUUCUCAGCAACCGAUCUGGAGACAACCGUGGCAAAUUCAAGGUGGCGGCUUUCCGCAAAAAGUACCAGCUUGGGUCCCCAGUGGCUGGCACGUGUUACCAGGCCGAAUGGGACGACUAUGUGCCCAAGCUCUAUGAGCAGCUGUCUGGGAAGUAGGGGAAAGCCAGGAGACAGACAUCGCCCCGGGGGCCCCAGCCAGUGUUCUCAAGUUCCGCGAUGCAUGUAGAUCUCUCCUCUUCCCUGUCCCCAUUCCCAAGGGCGAGACCUGAGAGAUAGUGGUGUAGGGUGCCUUUUCCUUCUGUUUACCCUUUAUGAUUGUACAGGGUUAAAUACCCUCGUUUAUGUUUUGAUCAACUUUGAACUCCAUUUUGGGGGCUAUUUCGGUACUGUGAUGGUCAUCAGAUUGUUAACAUAAGGACAGCAACCCAGAAUUUAAAGGAGAAAAAAUUUAGGUAAGAAGAACAAGUCUACAGUAAUAGUGUAGACUCAUUGCCUCUGCGUUUGUGAACCCGAAUCCAGAACUGUGCAUGGUGGCAUAUUCUGGGAUGUGUUUUCACAGCCCUGCCUCUCACCAGACAACCAGAGGCUGGCAUAUCCACUAAGCCCCAGUAUGGUACAUCUCAGAUUGGUUACUAGGUGGCAGUAUCCUGUUCUCGCUCCUUUGAAGAGCAGUACUGGAAAAACCAAUAGGGAGAGUCACUUUCCUGUGGAGGCACAGCCGUCUAGAUGAGCUGCAGGGCUGAGUGAGUGGUUAUCAGAAAUCUGUUAGUCUGUACCUGUUAAACUGAUCACCCUUCAUUGGUGUAACAGAAGCCGGAGUUGCUGAAUGUUGUGUUAAUUCUGUUUGCUUAUAGUUGAAUAAAAAUAAAAAACAUUGUAUGAACAAA